UCAGCCUCGAGAUCGAGCGGCGCCUCAGGCAGGACAAGCGCGACGCGCGCAAGGAACUCAAGCUGCUGCUCUUGGGUACAGGAGAAAGUGGAAAAAGUACAUUUAUUAAACAGAUGAGGAUUAUUCAUGGAACAGGCUACACGGAAGAAGAUCGGAAAGGCUUCCAAAAAAUGAUUUAUCAAAAUAUCUAUUCUGCUAUGCAGGCUAUGAUCAGAGCAAUGGAUGCUUUACAAAUACCAUAUGCGUCUGAGCAGUGCAAGGAGGAUGGCCAGCUGAUUGAAAAAGUGGAUGUAGACAAAGUAACAAUGUUGGAAAGCAAACACGUGGAAGCAAUUAAAAGGUUGUGGGAGGACCCCGGAAUCCAAGAAUGCUAUGAUAGGCGGAGAGAAUACCAGUUGUCAGACUCAGCUAAAUAUUACCUAUCAGACUUAGACCGUAUUGCCAUGCCAUCAUUUUUGCCAACUGAGCAAGAUGUUCUCAGAGUGAGAGUACCAACCACCGGAAUUAUUGAAUAUCCAUUUGAGCUAGAAAAUAUUAUUUUUAGAAUGGUAGAUGUCGGUGGACAGAGAUCAGAAAGAAGGAAAUGGAUUCACUGUUUUGAAAGUGUUACUUCCAUAAUAUUCUUAGUUGCCUUGAGUGAAUAUGACCAAGUCUUGGCAGAAUCUGACAAUGAGAAUCGUUUGGAAGAAAGCAAGGCCUUAUUCAAAACAAUCAUCACAUACCCUUGGUUUGCAAAUUCAUCAGUCAUUUUAUUUUUAAAUAAAAAGGAUCUUUUAGAAGAGAAGAUUAUGUAUUCUGAUUUAGUCACCUAUUUCCCACAGUUCACAGGUCCAAAGCAAGAUGUCAAAGCUGCUAAAGACUUCAUUCUGAAUUUAUACCAGGAGCAGAAUCCAGACAAAGAGAAAGUGAUGUACUCCCAUUUUACAUGUGCCACUGACACAGAGAACAUUCGAUUUGUCUUUGCUGCUGUGAAAGACACCAUCCUGAAUAUAAAUCUGAAGGAGUUCAACCUGGCAUAAGGAAAAGGGAGCUGUUCUUCUCCCUCCCAGUUACGUUUACUGGACAAAAUCCUUUGUAUUUUAACAGUUAUCAAAGAUAGCAUUCUCUAACCAUUUUCAGCACUUCUUUGCACUCUUCUAUCCAUGGAAAUAUUUCUCUAAACAGAAAUGAAUCCAGCAGUUAAUGUUUACAGUUUUUAAUCUAUAUACUUCUAUUUAAUUUUUGUGUUUUAGGUAACUGAAGAAAAAAAAUCUUUACAUCUGACGCAUGCAGUGUUCUCACCUUUGAGUUACACAUUUAAAUGACAGAUGCCUUUCAGAUUAGUUUGUUUGGGAUUGAAAAAAAUAAAGGUGUAUUAAAGCCACA